GAAUCUACAAACGAUCGAUCAUAUCCCCAGGUUUUGAAAUCAAGUCACGUUUCGAAAUCCAAAUUCAGUUCACAACGAAAGUGUUCACAAAUGUAGUUCGAUAAAAAAAAUUUUUAUUCGAUUAAGAGAGCUUUUUUUUAUUAGCUAGGUACCUACUAUUUAUAAGUAUUGCAAAAUGUUUAUAAAAUUAGUUAUUUGUUAUUCGAUUUAUUUAGUCGAUUUUUGCAGCGUUGUGAUCGCAAGACCGCUGGAUGAGCAGGUCCAAGUACACAGAAGCUUCCUGCAAGAACUACUCAACAAUCGAGAUGAACUGGUCAAAGUGAAACUCGAGCUUCAAAUGAAAAAAGACGAAGAAGUAAAACUAUCUGAUCUCAGACAAGAAUUACAAGCUUUAAAAAGCCAGAUAAUCAAAAAAGACCAAAAUCCCGCAUUGCCCGCCGUAUCCGAUGAUGCCAAUGCCAAAGCAGAAAUGGCAAAAGAAAUAGCCGAUAUUGGAACCGAAUUGAUCAGAUAUGGUUUACGAAGGAAAAGUAAAAUUUUAUCAAUCUUACAAGCGAUCAAAGGAUUUUUCCUUAAGAAAAGUGCCUUAGGAACAGGAGUGCAAUUAGCACUACCGCUAGCAGUACCAGCAGUGGCACCAAUAAUGACGUAGACGACCGUCGACCUUCGAUGACAUUGUAAAUUAUUUGAUCAUUUUUUUUUUCAUAUCGAAAAAUACUUACGUAUAAAAUAAUCAUUAGUAUUAUUAUGUACUAUGUACCUCAUAUGUAAAUAUUGUAUUUUUUUCAUAUACUUUUUCAUCGCAAUAAAACCGUAAGAGUUAUU